CGCUGUCAAGAGGGUGGACUCCCAGCGCCGAGGUGAGCGACGUGCUUAUUAAUUAACCUGACUUACACUUGUACUUAUAUUUGAGCGAUCAGCGUUGUAUUGCACCGAACACAAUGGCGUCGGCCCUGCUCGGCCUUUGGAGGGGAUUUCAACCCGCAUCCAGCGCAGUUGCCUGUUAGUGAUCUCUCUCUCCGCUAAGAAUAGUGUCGCAGAGAGCUAGCUCGUUAGCUUAGCCUUAGCCCCGCUAGCCUUCCAGCCCCCUCUAGUACAGUCUACACGUCCAGCUAACCGGGACCAGCUAGCGGUCCACCUCGGCUGUCUGUCAACCCCGGGGGACAGCAGGACGGACAGGGGGUGCAGCAGGUGUGCCAGCCUUUGUUCUUCUAACGUGUUAUUGGGUUUUUGUAUUUGUGUUUGUAUUUGUAUUUGCAGUCAUUGCACGGGAGAGGUCUGGCAGUGGAGGAGGGUGUUCUGGGUGUUCAGGGCGUUAAAGGGCCGUGGUGGUAACAGCUUGCGACAUAGUGUUCCCAGGUCUGGGGCAGAGGCAUCUCGCUGAGUUUCGGUGAAACUGGCUCACUGCGCUUGCGGGGGAUUCCUUUGCACUUUCCUGCAAAAUAGUGGUCUGGUUGUUGACUGUUGCAGCAGGACUCUGUCAUCAGGUGAAUGCCAUCAGGUGUAUGUCACCGGGUUUAUUUCAUCUGGUGUAUAUCAGAAAUGACCUAGAGGCCUUACAAGAUACAGUUGUGCUUCCGUCGCUGUAAUCUGUGUCUGCGGAGAGAGCCCACUGGUAUUCCUGGUGAGUAUCAACUACCUCAGCCAGACGACCCCGGCACACCCUGCAGCAGGCCCAACAGACCCCAAGGGACGUCCCGGAGCUCUGGUGAAGAGACACCCUCCCAAACGGACACGCUCCCAAACGGACACGCGCGGGACCGUGGAAGAAGCCUCGCUGGCCGCCGGUUCCUGGAUGAAACGCUGCUCCUCCUCCUUCUUCCUCUCAUCCGAGGGGUGCUGAGACGGACUGGUUCCGUCGUCGGGUAGCUCCUGGUCACACGCGGCGGUCUGGGACCCGUCACGCACCGCUGGUGGUGUCGCUCCUCCGCUCUAGUUAGCUGGUUACCGUUGGCUUGACCGGCGACCACCUCCGCCUAUCUCAAUCGUACCCUUUUUUUUUUCAUGGCAACUAUUUAAUAGAUAAGUUGUUGUUUUAUAAUUGCGGUGUUCGAUCUACAUCUAAGUACAUCUAUGUGAAUAUACCGUCUACGUAUUUUCCACUUCCGUCGUUCAGAAGGGCGACCUCUGGAGCCCCGCACUCCACUCGCACGCUGAAUCCUAGAGCUCCCGUGCGAUUCCCCUCGUCCUCCUUUAUGCCACACGGCCCCAACCCAACCCCAGGGGCCCUGAAGCGGGCGUCCAGGCCCGUAGCGCGCCCCCGGUGCGUCUGAUGUUGGUCUGCAGCAGGGCUGCAUGCACCACGCGCUCCGAGCCCCUCGGUCCGUCCCGCCGGCCUCCGUGUCUCCCGUCGUCCCCGUUCAGCCCUCUCUGAGAUGAGCCUCUGGCAGGGGAACUCCUGAGGUGUCCUCUUACCCCGACGUGAACAGCCACCCGCUCUCCCGUCGCCUCCUUUUGUACGCCCUCUCAAAUCGGAAUCUCCCCAUCCCGCGACCACCAGAGUCGUCCAGCGCCACGGCAGCGAGCGGUGCCGGUCGCGCCCAGUCGUAUGUACAGUUGCAACGCGCCGGAAGGUAAGAUGGACUACAAGCGGCGCUUUCUGCUCGGCGGGUCCAAGCAGAAGGUCCAGCAGCAGCACCCGCAGUACCAGAUGCCCGAGCUGAGCAGGACCCUCAGCGCCCCGCUGGCCUCCUCCCCCUGCUCCCCCGCCCCCCCCUCCAUGGGCCCCGGGGGGGGCGGGCCCCCGGGCGGCGCCGGCGGCCUGGCCCCUGGCCCGCCCUCCGGCACCACCACGGCGGUGGCGGACAUCCAGCAGGGCAUCUCCAAGUACCUGGACGCGCUCAACGUGUUCUGCCGGGCCAGCGCCUUCCUCACGGAGCUGUUCAGCGGCGUGUUCCGCAACUCCCACUACUCCAAGGCCGCCAUGCAGCUGAAGGACGUGCAGGAACACGUCAUGGACGCCGCCAGCCGGCUCACCGCCGCCAUCAAGCCCGAGAUCGCCAAGAUGCUGAUGGAGCUCAGCGCCGGCGCGGCCAACUUCAAGGACCAGAACGACUUCAGCUUCCAGGACGUGGAGGUGCUGGGCCGGUGCUUCCGGACGGUGAUGCAGGUUCAUUUCCAGUUCCUGUCCCAGGCCCUGCAGAAGGUGCAGCCCGUGGCCCAGUCCUGCCUGGCCGAGGCCCUGGCCCAGGCCCAGGAGCGCCGCGCCAACGCCCGGCCCCCCAGCAGUGAGCACGGGGCCCCCACCGAGCUGGAGGACGCCGCCCGCUCAUGGAAGGGGGCAGCUGAGGCGACGGGCAGGCUGCGGGAGAGGGGCCGUGACGGCUGCCUGGCCGGGCUGCAGGUGCAGCAGCUCUUCUGCUCCAACAACACCUCCAUCCCCGAGCACCAGCUCAAGGACCUCAACGGACGGAUCGACCACGCCCUGCAGGCCUACAAGGCGGCUCUGGACAGCAUGGGCCACAGCGAGUACUCCCUGAAGGCCGGCUUCCACCUCAACCCCAAGUCUGUGGAGUCAGCGCUGCAGGGCUGCUGCAGCGAGGCGGAGGCCCAGCAGGCGGGCCGCAUGCAGACCCCCUCCCAGCCCAUCCAGUGCGAGCUGCCCACCGUCCCGCUGCACAUCGGCUCACACUUCCUCAAGGGCGUGUCCUUCAACGAGUCGGCCGCCGACAACCUCAAGCUCAAAACGCACACCACCCUGCAGCUGAUGAAGGAGGCCCUGGGCCAGAACGGCAUGCCCCGCCGGGAAGACUCCCCCGUCACCGAGGUCCUCAACCAGGUGUGCCCCUCCAGCUGGAGGGGGCCCUGCAAGACGGCCGUGCAGCUACUCUUCGCCCAGGCCGGACUGGUGGUGGUGGACACGGCUCAGAUUGAGAACAAGGAGGCCUACGCUCCUCAGAUCACCUUGGAGGGCUCCAGGGUGCUGGUCCAGGUGCCGUCGACCUGGUGUCUGAAGGAGGACCCGGCCACCAUGUCCCUGCUGCAGCGCAGCCUGGACCCGGAGAAGACGCUGGGGCUGGUGGACGUCCUGUACACCGCCGUCUUCCACAUCAACCGCUGGAAGGACAGGAAGGAGCAGGCUCUGCCCACCAUCCAGAUGCAGCUGCAGCGCGAGGCCCCGGACUACAGCGUCCCGGCGGACCUGGCCCCCGGCAGCGGCAGCUCCUCCAAGAGCUCCGGCGGCCUGCCCAAGAGCAUCUCCAAGCUCACCUCCAAGUUCACCAAGAAGGCCUCCUCCCACGCGGGCGGCGGCGGCGGCGGCGGCGGCGGCAGCUACUCCAUCCCUAGCACGCCGUCCCGCAGCAUGCUGUCCUCCUCCUCCUCCUCCGGCGGCGGCUGCGGCGAGGAGAAGCCCAAGGGCGGGCUGGCGCCCGGGGACGGCCGGCUGCAGAGCCUACUGCAGAUAGGAGGCCUGCAGUGCGGCGGCGACCCGGUCCAGCUGGCCAACGGCGCGGGGCCCGACGACCAGGGCAUGAACCUGCCCACCGACCAGGAGAUGCAGGACGUCAUCGACUUUCUGUCUGGCUUCAACAUGGGCAAGUCCCAGCAGGCCUCGCCGCUGGUCAAGAGGCGCAACUCCGUGGCGUCGGCCAACCCGGCGGAGCUGAGGCCGCCCGGCGCCGCCCAGGCCGCCGCCCUUUCCCACAACACCCUGCAGCCGCCCCCCGCCCAGACGCAGCCCCAGAAGCAGCAGCAGCAGCAGCAGCAGCAGCAGCAGCAGCAGCAGCAGCUGCCGCCGCCCCAGUCGCAACAGCAGCAGCAGCAGCAGCAGCAGCAGCAGCAGCAGCAGCAGCAGCCCUCCCCCCAGGCCCUGCAGUUCUACCAGCACCUCCUGCAGCCGCUGGCCCAACACCAGCAGCAGCAGCAGCAGCAGCAGCAGCAGCAGGCUCCCCUCCCCUCCCCCCAGCAGCUCCAGUCCCUGCCGCAGCAGAGAAUCCCCAGCAAGUGGCUGGGGAGCUCCGGGGCCCAGCAGCAGCAGCAGCAGCAGCAGCAGCAGCAGCAGCAGCAGCCUCCCCAGCAGCAGCAGGGCCCUCCGGGCGGGCUGUCCCCCCUGGGGCCCAUCGGCCAGUGGGGCUCGGCGGGCCUGCCCGACCUGAGCUCGGAGCUGUACAGCCUGGGCCUGGUGAGCACCUACAUGGACAGCGUGGUGUCGGAGAUGCUGGGCCAGAAGCCCCAGGGCCCGCGCAACAACACCUGGCCCAACCGCGACCAGAGCGAGGGCGUGUUCGGAGGAGGGGCGCUGGGGGACGCGCUGCCCUUUGACCCCGCAGUUGGCUCGGACCCGGAGUUCGCCCGCUACGUGGCAGGGGUCAGCCAGGCCAUGCAGCAGAAGCGCCAGGUGCAGCACAUCCGUCGGCCGAGCAACGCCCGCAGCAACUGGCCAAUCCCAGACGAGCAGCAGCAGCACCGGACCUGGUCCCACCCGGACUACUACAGCGAGGGUGAGCCAGUGAACAGCAGCUGGUCAGCAAAUCAGGGCGACUCUGCUAGCUCCAGCGACGAGACGUCCUCGGCCAAUGGGGACAGCCUGUUCUCCAUGUUCUCCGGACCAGACCUUGUAGCAGCCGUCAAGCAGAGAAGGAAACACAGCUGUGGUGACCCGGAGGCGUGCACACUGCCCUCCCCCCCCCUCCACCACAUGGUGGACGACAGCCAGGACAGCAAGACCAAGACGUGGCCUCCCAAGGCGCCGUGGCAGCACACGGCGGCGCACGCCAGCGCCAACACGCUGCCCAAUCCCAGCUCUUCCUUGUACCAGAUGAACAUGCCGACCGCCUCCCAGUGGAGCGACUCCAUGCAGAUGCUGCAGUCUCCCGUGUGGUCCACGGCUGGCGACUGCUCCCCCUCCUCCGGUCUCUCCUCCGGUCUCUCCUCUGGCCUCUCCUCUGGUCUGUCCUCUGGUCUCUCCUCCGGUCUCUCCUCUGGCCUCUCCUCUGGUCUGUCCUCUGGUCUGUCCUCUGGUCUCUCCUCCGGUCUCUCCUCUGGUCUCUCCUCCGGUCUGUCCUCUGGCUUCCCCUUCUCCCAGCAGCAGCAGCAGCAGCCCAAACCCAUAAGCAAGGCAUUCAAAUCCUUCCCGGUCAAACACGAGCACAGGCCUUCCUACCUUCACCAGUACUGAGGCCCGGGGCCCGCGGUUCGAGACCCAGGGGACGGCCUCUAGCGUCUGACGAGCUAACAUGCUAACAAACCGAUUUGGGGACUGUAACGAGUCCGAUAUAUUUAAUUGGGAUGUUUUUGAGUUGAGGUGUGUUUGGGGGUGAGGGGGGGUAUGGGGGGAGUGCUGUGGUGUUACUUUAAGUGUACAUAUUAGCUCAACAAUUUGUAUCGAUCUAUAUAUUAUUUUUUUUCCACGUCACACAUCCGCUGCGUUCGGUUAGUGUGGCGUCAUGGCAACGAGUGUGGCCGUCCGGUGGCCUAGUGGGGGGUUUCUCUGUCUGCGGGGCGCGACUCACGCCGGGGUCCGCAGGCAUGAGCUGGAGACGCGCAUUACCGUCGCCCACUCUGCUUCUUUGUGUGUGUGUGUGUGUGUGUGUGUGUGUGUGUGUGUGUGUGUGUGUGUGUGUGUGUGUGUGUGUGUGUGUGUGUGUGUGUGUGUGUGUGUGUGUGUGUGUGUGUGUGUGUGUGUGUGUGUGUGUUGGGGGUUACGGGAGGGCACGAGGAGUUCCGUCUCGGCCCGGACUCUAUAUGAUACUGUGUCUACUGAGCUGUAACUGCCAAAUCUCAUGCAAGAGUACAGCUUCCAUCUACUGUUUCAUGGCUUGUAAAUUACCGAGGUUGAAACUAUAAAUAUUUACUCCUUUUUAUUAAGAGGCUUUGAGCAGGCUCAGCGUGAAUAUAAAAUCGUCGCAGGGGUGUCGUUUGCGAGGAAUUACACUACUUUUUCAACCGCAGACGGGGGUCACGAGAUGCAGCCCGGACUGGUGGUUGGUGUGGACCGCACUUGAUAGAGUUUUUGUUGUUUUUCCAACCAAAGCGUUGUUCAGAAUACUACCGGUGCAGAGGAGGAGGAGGAGGAGUUGAACAGACUAGUGCGUUGAUAAGCAGCAAAGUUAACGAGCCCUACUUGACAAUAGCUUUAGGGAAUGUCUUGACGACAUGGAAAGGAAUUCAAUUCCUCUUUCCUAAUCAGCAUUUUUGCUUCAGAUUGACACUAACUCCUGAGUUAAAAGACAACAACCUAACUUUUGUUCCAUUUAAAAAAAAAAAAAGAUACAAUAUUUUUCUUGUACAAAUAUUGACAGUAUUAAUCUUAUUUUUGUAUUUUCUUACAUGUUAUACCAUUACUGUAUGUUAGUAUACUAUAGACAUAAUUACAUACGUUGUUUUCUUUCCUGCCCUGAGAUGUGAAAAGCACAUAUUUAGUUUUUCUUUCCUACAGAGCUACACCAUAUAUCUAUAAAGGUUACCAAAUACGCCAUGGUAGACACUAAGACAAUAGUGUGCGACGGGGGCUGUUUUCAAACCCUCGUCCUCCUUGGUUUCUAUGGCGAUGGACUGUGUUCACAGGCCCAGAAUGUUACCCUUUUGUGAUCUUUGCGGAUGCCAAUGUUGCCUGUAUUUAUGAGAUGACACCAUGUUUUCCGAAAAACUAACAUACUUACCAUGUUUACAGAGAAUUGUUUGCUGUAUAUACAUAUAAAUAUAUAUCUUUUUAUAGUUAAUGUGCUUUGCACAAUCAAAAUAUAGGGUUUGUUGCUUUUUUGUCUGUGUUAACUCCCAACCUGUUGCAGCCUUUUUAGAGAUAUUAAUUAAAGACCUUUGGACUGUAACGGUUAGCAUUUCUCAGCUGUGUCAAAUGGUUUACUAGUGGCUUCUAAAAAAAACGUGUUGCCCUGAUCGAUGGUAUGAAGGGGGGCUGCUUGGCUUACGUUGCUUACUGUUCUUUUGAGCUGGCAACCGAAUCUUUCCAAGUGUACCAGCAAUGCAAAAAAGAAAAUUAAUAAAAAAAACUAGCAAUUAAAAUAGCCUCUUCUGUCUUAUAGAUAUUGUACUCCAGAACCAACCCACUGUCCUUUGGCACAAUGACACUACCUUUGUAUCUUUAACACCAGGCCCUUCAGAGUUCCUAUAUUUUGUCUGAUAUAACAGGUAUUUUUUAGUAUUUGUGUAACUAAUUGCUUAAUUGAAUUCUUUGCAUUUACGGAGUGGAAAUAAAUGAUGUUGGUGGCUUGAUCCAUGGCCAUUAUUUGCAUACUUACCUGAAAUGGUUCGUUGCCAAGUGCUCGAACGUUUCACUAUAUACAAAUGAAUAUUAAGCUGUGAAACAUAUUUUAAGUUUAACUGGUAAUGCAAGGGUUAUUUUUAUCAGCUGAUGCUAGAAAUGUAAACCUUGCACUUAAGCAUUAUUCAACGUAUUACAGCCCAUCCACACAUCCUUGGUCUUAAAGUUUUCAGAGAAUUAUAGGUUUCAUGUAAAAGGGGGGAUAUGCAACCAGGUGUGAGUAAUUAACCAUUACAAGCCGUUUGAAAGUGCCCUUUCCUGUGUUUUUGUGACGUCUCAAGUGGGAUUCUCCAUUGGCUUUCGUACCCUGGACUAUCAGUCUACCAACUGGACUGUGGCAAAUGUUGCUUAUCUAUCCAUCAUACACACAGGUGGACACUCCCACUUGUUUAAGGCUUGUAAUGGCUAAUCGCUCACACCUGGUGGCACAACAUCACCCCUUUAAGGAAAAUGAACCUGAGGAUACAGCCAACGUAUUGCCUUGCUCGCCAUCUAUAGGCCUAUUUCAUAUUGUAACUACAUGCCAAGAUCGGAAUACUGAACCACGUCACCUAGGAUGUUCUGUCUACGAUGCCUUUGUGUCUGAGUUGGUUUUGACAGUGGUCAUUUAUGACUGCAAUGUUGAUCCUACAUGAAUAGCCUCUAGUGAAUCCUUUAUAAUAUAACAAAUGAUUCAACGUUUAGACAAAGACAAAAUAAUUUAAAAUAACAUUUUAAUGUUAAAACUAAAAAAAGUAUUUACAUUAGCACUUUCACAGCUGGUGAUUCGUACUGAGGAAUUCAGAGCAAAUGGUUUUCCAUUAUACCAACCAUUUAAUGGUCAUUUUUCACAAGUACCAUCCGAUUCAGAACAAAACUUGGCUUUGUCCACAAAUGUACAAAACAAUCCUAGAAAAAUAGUCCGUCUUCAAAUCAACACGCCAGUGUGUCAGAAGUCCAUCAGCUUUCCAUCACUUUGUUGGCGGGGGUCGCCGACGGAGCCGCUCCACCGUUAGGCUGGAAAACAAAUCGAUUUAAAACCAUCUUUAGGAAUCGUACCAAACACUUGCAUUGACCCCUCACUUAAAAUUGACCAGAGAUUUCUUACAUUCACAGCUUCCAUCGGGAUGUCGGGACUAGCGUCUGCGAUGGUGGCCAGAUAGACGAUGUUGCGAUGCAGAAUCUGUUGGUAUCUGUAGUGAUUGAAGUUUUGUACUUUUAUAUUACUAUACAUUAGUGAUGUUAUGGUUUGCGUCGAGGCAUCGGGGCGUGUGUCGAGUACCUCGGCUCCUCCCCCAGCGAAGCUCCGUAUCGAGUAGGAUUCACAUAGGCGAAAUGACGUAGCGUGUGACGUUACCCAGUUCCAAGAUCACUUUUAUGGCUAUGUAAUUAAUCACACUCAUUCUCAGUCAUCAUGCAGUUUUAUUAUUACAAUUAUUAGUAGGCUACUGUAGUUAUAAGACAAUCUAUUUUGCCCGGGAUGACUUAAAAAUGAUUUGUUCUCUACCAUGAGCUCGGGAGAUAUUUAUGAACGGCACACUCACACGUAUCACUGAAAUGACUUUAAUUCUUAAACGUCUUGAUGUUGUACGAAGCAAACAUCACAUCAUCACAGGAAACUCUUUCUUUCAUCAUUUCAUUCACCACUAGGUGUCCCUAGCGUACUCAUUUCAAGCUUCGAGGUCGAACCACUUUGAUGGUUCAUCUGGCUGCGAGGCUUUGACGUUUCAUGAGGCAUCAUCUCGGCACCACUACUAUACAUUAGACUUAGGAUGAAACACCGCACGGUUCUUGGUGUGGUUUCUAUGGACGUUACUUACUGAACACACUCCACCGCUCUCCCCUUCUGCUGGUACUCUGCGAUGCAGCGGAUCAGCUGGUCGUUCUCCUCCAGCAACUGAGGAGAGAACCAGACACCGGACCGGAUGUGUGAGGACGUUUGACCACACAGACCCAUAUUAGGAUUAUUUUUUAUCAAUUAAUGUUGAAACCAGACUGAACAGCAAUAACACAAACAUAUCUUUAAAGGCUGACACACAUACAAAAAUAGUAUGCCAGAAAAAGAUAGAUUACAUAAUAUGGACAAUUCAGUAUGCAAAUAUUACAGGAUGUUGCAAAUCCGGUCGCAUUUCGCAGCAGG